GGGGCGCAGACGAGGCCGCCGCCGCUGCCGCCGCCGCCGCCGCCGCCGCCAUCUUGGAGCCGGCCAGGGCCGCUUCCGCGGAGCAGUGAGCGAGCGGAACCGCCGCAUCUGGCCCCAGAGUCCCGGGAGCCCUCCCCGGCCCCCCGGGAGCCCGAGCCCGGCCUGCGCCGCUGUCACGAGAGCGCCCGGGCCUGUCGCGACAGGCGCCCUCCCAGGCGCCGCCCCCUCUGCCCGCCCGCCCGCCACCGGGAGCCCGAGGCCGGCCCCGGCCCAGGCCCGGUCCCCGAGGCCGCCGAGGAGCCGCCGAGGAGCCAGGAGCCGCCGGGCCCGUGUGUGUCUGACUCUGGGAGCAUGAAGAGCAGGUGUCGCUAGGGCAGGAAAGAUGGCAGACAAGCGAAAAUUGCAAGGCGAGAUUGACCGCUGCCUCAAGAAGGUGUCCGAGGGAGUGGAGCAGUUUGAGGACAUCUGGCAGAAGCUCCACAACGCGGCCAACGCCAACCAGAAGGAGAAGUACGAGGCCGACCUGAAGAAGGAGAUUAAGAAGCUACAGCGGCUGAGGGACCAGAUCAAGACAUGGGUAGCUUCCAACGAAAUCAAAGACAAACGGCAGCUCAUCGACAACCGCAAGCUCAUCGAGACGCAAAUGGAGCGGUUCAAGGUUGUGGAACGGGAAACGAAGACCAAAGCGUACAGCAAGGAGGGGCUCGGCCUGGCCCAGAAGGUGGACCCGGCCCAGAAGGAGAAGGAGGAGGUCGGCCAGUGGCUCACGAACACCAUCGACACCCUCAACAUGCAGGUGGACCAGUUUGAGAGCGAAGUGGAGUCGCUGUCGGUACAGACCCGCAAGAAGAAGGGGGAUAAGGAUAAGCAGGAUCGGAUCGAGGGCUUGAAACGGCACAUCGAGAAACACCGCUACCACGUGCGCAUGUUGGAAACCAUUCUGCGCAUGCUGGACAAUGACUCCAUCCUGGUGGACUCGAUUCGGAAGAUCAAGGACGAUGUGGAAUAUUAUGUGGACUCCUCACAGGACCCUGACUUUGAGGAGAAUGAGUUCCUCUACGACGACCUUGAUCUCGAGGACAUUCCACAGGCGCUGGUCGCCACUUCUCCCCCGACCCACAGCCACAUGGAGGAUGAGAUCUUUAAUCAGUCCAGCAGCACGCCCACCUCCACCACCUCCAGCUCCCCCAUCCCACCCAGCCCAGCCAACUGCACUACGGAAAACUCUGAAGAUGACAAAAAGAGAGGACGGUCGACCGACAGCGAAGUGAGCCAGUCUCCGGCCAAGAACGGUUCCAAGCCGGUCCACAGCAACCACCACCCACAGUCCCCUGCUGUGCCGUCCAGCUACCCGGCCGGCCCUGCCCCUGCGCCCCCUGCACUGGGCAAUGGGCCUGGCAGCAACGGGGCUCCCGUGGCGCCUCCCAAAGCCAACCCCGCCCCGGGCCACAAUGCCAGCACCCCCACCCCAUACGCCCAGGCUGUGGCCCCUCCUGCCCCGAGUGCUGGCUCCGCCCAGCCCAGGCCACCCAGCGUUCAGCCCGGCGGGAGCAGCGGCAAACAGAAUGGGGCCACCAGCUACAGCUCUGUGGUGGCCGAUAACUCUUCAGACCUGAGCAUGAGCGGGGGUGGAAGCGGCGGGAGCAGCCAAGCUCUGGGGCCCCCCCCAGGCCCCCACAACCCGCCACCCACUGCCACGAAGGAGGCAUCUGGGGCAGCGCCGGCAGGGGCAGGGGGCGUGGGCGCGGGUGCGGGGAGUGGUGCUGGAGGACCCAGCCUUCUGGUGCCCCUGCCCGUGAACCCCCCCAGCUCCCCAACACCCAGCUUCAGUGAGCCCAAGGCAGCUGGGGCCCUGCUCAAUGGCCCCCCCCAAUUCAGCACAGCCCCGGAGAUCAAGGCUCCUGAGCCCCUGAGUUCCCUGAAGUCCAUGGCAGAGCGGGCGGCCAUCAGCUCCGGCAUCGAGGACCCCGUCCCUGCCCUGCACCUGGCCGAGCGUGACAUGCUCCUGGGCAGCAGUUCGGCCCCUCCGGCCUCAGCCCAGCCGCCCCUGCAGCUGUCCGAGGUCAACAUCCCCCUGUCACUGGGCGUCUGCCCCCUGGGGCCCGUGGCCCUCACCAAGGAGCAGCUCUACCAGCAGGCCAUGGAGGAGGCUGCCUGGCACCACAUGCCCCAUCCUUCCGACUCCGAGCGCAUCAGGCAGUACCUGCCUCGGAACCCGUGCCCGACCCCGCUGUACCACCAUCAGAUGCCACCUCCCCAUUCGGACACAGUAGAAUUCUAUCAGCGCCUCUCCACGGAGACCCUGUUUUUCAUCUUCUACUAUCUGGAGGGCACCAAGGCUCAGUACCUAGCUGCCAAGGCCCUCAAGAAGCAAUCAUGGCGAUUUCACACCAAAUACAUGAUGUGGUUUCAGCGGCACGAGGAGCCCAAGACCAUCACAGACGAGUUUGAGCAGGGCACCUACAUCUACUUUGACUACGAGAAGUGGGGCCAGCGGAAGAAGGAGGGGUUCACCUUCGAGUACCGCUACCUGGAGGACCGGGACCUGCAGUGACCCCUGCCCGCUGACCCUCUCCCCCUCCCCUUCCUGCCUGCCCCCAGCACUUGGGGCCAAGGACUCUCCUUUCCCCACCCCUCCCCAGCUGGGGAAGGACUUGUUUUUCGUAAACCUAUUUUCAUUUUUGAAGAUA